UUCCACCACCAACCGUUCCGAUUUCUUAUUCCUAUUUCGGUUCAGUAGCGGACACGGAAGCGGGGCGAUAUAUGCUGGCCGGCUUGCGCUCUGCCCUGCAGCAUCCUCCGCCCCCUUCCACCCGAAUCCGCAGCAACGCCCUGUCUCACCUCCCCAGCCGCUGCGUAUCCGAGCGCCCAAGAUUGAGCAGCAGCGUCUCAGGAUCCAUCCAUAUCCACUAGUAAACUGGGGAUGGCGUUCAAGAAGGAUGAUAACUUCGGAGAAUGGUACUCCGAGGUUGUUGUUAACAGUGAAAUUAUUGAGUAUAAUGACAUCUCUGGCUGUUAUAUUUUGAGGCCGUGGGCGAUGGAGAUCUGGGAAUUGCUGAAAGAAUUCUUUGAUGCAGAAAUAAAAAAGCUGAAGCUGAAAUCUUAUUAUUUCCCUUUGUUCAUUACUGAGAAUGUUGUGCAGAAGAAGAAGGACCACUUUGAGGGCUUUGCUCCAGAGGUGGCAUGGGUUACUAAAACAGGAAAUUCUGAGCUGGAAGCUCCUAUUGCCAUCCGUCCCACGAGUGAGACGGUCAUGUAUCCAUAUUUCGCUAAAUGGAUAAGAAGCCAUCGGAACUUACCUUUGAGAUGCAACCAGUGGUGCAGCGUUGUUCGAUGGGAAUGUAGCAAUCCAAUUCCUUUAAUAAGGAGCCGUGAAUUUCUUUGGCAAGAAGGGCAUACAGUUUUUGCAACUAAAGAGGAGUCAGAUGAAGAGGUUCUCCAUAUAUUGGAACUCUACCGAAGGAUAUAUGAAGAAUUUUUAGCAGUUCCAGUGUCCAAAGGGAGGAAAAGUGAGGUGGAAAAAUUCGCCGGUGGACUUUAUACAACCAGUGUUGAGGCCUUCAUUCCAAACACUGGCCGCGGUAUACAAGCCGCAACUUCAAAUUGUCUUGGUCAAAACUUUGCAAAGAUGUUUGAAAUCUUUUUCGAGGAUGAGAAUGAUCCCGCUCAAAAAAAGAAAGAGAAGAACAAAAGGUCCUUGGUGUGGCAGAAUUCUUGGGCGUACACCACCCGCUCGAUUGGGGUGAUGGUGAUGACCCAUGGCGAUGACAAGGGCUUAGUGCUACCACCAAGGGUGGCACCUAUCCAGGUCAUGGUUAUUCCUGAUCCAUUAGAGGAUGCGGACAUGACGGCUAUUAAAGAAGUAUGCGAGACGAUUGUAUACACUCUCAGCCAAGCUGGGAUUCGUGCAGACUUGGAUGCUCGCGAGAACUACACUCCUGAAUGGAAACAUUCCCACUGGGAAAUGAAAGGUGUUCCCCUAAGAAUCGAGAUAGAUGUGAAAGAUCUGGCAAACAAGCAGGUGCGCGUUGUCCGCCGAGAUAAUGGUGCAAAGGUUGAUAUUCCUUCGACCGAUUUGGUUGAGCAUGUACAAGUGUUACUGGAUAGGAUUCAAGAUAGCUUGUUUGAAACAGCCAAGCAGAAGAGAGAUGCUUGCAUUGAAGUCGUCUACACUUGGGACGAAUUCACAGCAGCUGUGAAUGACAAGAAGCUGAUCCUGGCUCCAUGGUGCGAUGAAGAGGAGGUUGAGAAGGACGUGAGAGCUCGGACCGAAGGCGAUCUCGGCUCUGCCAAAACAUUGUGUGCUCCAUUCGAUCAGCCAGAUCUUGUAGAAGGAACUGUGUGCUUUGCUUCUGGAAAGCCCGCCAAGACUUGGUCGUUUUGGGGCCGCAGCUAUUGAUUGAAUCUUCUCCGUGUGUGCCCUGAUACCGCCUGCCAUGCUGCUGUUUUUUUGCCAUUCCUUGCCGUUUGGGGAGCCCAUUGAUUUUGAAUAGGCCUGCAAUCUUGGACUUCACGCACACACACGCACACAUAUUUAGCACGCGGUGUUGCUUAUUACUAGAGGCUAACGUGCACUUCGCCGCGCUGUUCUUCCCCGUGAGAUUAACUCUUUUUCUAUGUCGUCUUGGGUUUAAAUUAUGUUAUGUUCUUUCAUCUAUAUAUCGUGUUGGCCUGCUACCGAAGACUAUAUUGUUCUGAGAGAAGAGUGAAGUUGUUAGGUGCAUGCUUGUGGAGUCCUUCCAUGUUUCGACCUCAGUGUGAGCUGAUGGUGGUUGUAUGAGCCCCUUGAGAGCUCUCAUCCCACGUUGAAAUCGUGGAAUUAGUAUUAUAAGGCUCACAUGGGCCGGCACAUGAAGCUCUCGACUUGGCUCAGCUCCCUAUUUCACUCGUUCUCUUAGUUUUUUUUUAGUCGCUCCACUGCUAGCUCAGGAAAAAACCCCGCUAUAGUACUUUUUACUUAAAGUUCAUUGCAUCAAAAGUUUAUGUACUUUAAAAAAAUGUUGGAUUUUUAUAAAAUGACUGUGAAUUUAAAAAUAUUCAUGGAUUUCAAAUAACAUACAUGAGUUUGAAAAAAAUGAAAAUUUAAAAUGUUCACAAACUUACUAUAUGUUCGUGAAAUUUAAAAUUAUUCACUAAUUAAAAUAUGUUCAUGAAUUAAAAAUGAUUUUUUAAAAGUAAAAAGUCUUUAAAAAAUCAUAUUUUUUAAAAACAUUCAUUAAUUAGCAUAUGAAAAAUAAAAAAAAGAAGAACAAAGGGGAAAAGAUAAAACAAACAAAAAAAAAUACAGGAAAUAACCAAAGAAAAACUAUUAAAAUAUUUCCCUAAUAAUAAACCAGCGAUUGCUUUUGGUCGUCCGUCAUCGGGCGUUUUUGCAGAAAAGUACCCCCGUUUCUGAUAAAUUGACCCGCAGUCCUACUUAAAGUGUGGAUAACGUUUCGUUUUCUUUUGCAAAAAACCCCCUGCCACCACAGCCUGUACGAGAACACGAGGGUUACCUCCACCGCCGCGCCCCAUCUCUCCCCUGUCGCGCCCCCGUCCCUCUGCUCGCCGCCGCGCGCACCGUCCCUCUGCUAGCCGCCUCGACCCAUCCCUCCACCGCCGCGCCCCCGUCCAUCCUCUCCUCGGUGCCCGUCCUCGCUCCGCCGUCGCCGAAUCUGGAAGAGAUCGGGAGAAUCCGCCGCAUCUCGCGCAGCUGCUCGUCGGCCAUGCGGGGAGGACGAACGGGCUGCUCAUCGGCGUCCGUCCCACAGCCCCGCUGAAGACGGUGCCCAGCUCCCUCGACAGCGCACUCCUCCUACUUGCCGCCCGGGUGUGUAGAAGAUGUUGGUCUGGGCCUGUAGAGGAUGAGGUGCGUGGCUGCUUGUGUGUAUGCAUAUAUGUUAAUUGGUGGCUGGUGUGUGUGUGUUCAGGGUGCAAACAGCGACAACGAGUAGGCGGCAAGUAUACUGCGCCGAGAAGCGAUACAGGGGCAUGAAGCAAGCGAGCAGGCAUGCGCGGCUACCUGCUACUGCACUAAUAGCAGCCUUGACGGAGCACCGGGGCUGGCUUGAUAGGGCAUGCCGCCCGCCGGUAGACGCCUGGUUGUGUGAGACGGAGAUGAACCCCGCGUCGUCGCCUCUGCAGCCUGGACAGAGCCGCCGGUGCUGGGGAUGAAUCCUGCGUCUGUGAUGGUGAUGACGCUCUCCAUCUACUUUCUCCAGUGGCUAUAAGGGAGUAAAGAUCACAUCGUGGAUGUGUUUUUCUUCAGAGAUGUGGCCCUGUCAUUGUUGGUUGUCGAAUUUGCGAUGUAAUCCGUCCCUAUGUCGGUGUAUUAACCACUUCGCCCUCCCGCACAAUGAGCAGAACCGAGCAGCGGCUGCAAUUUACCCAUUGAUUUUUUGGAGUGAUUCAAACCUA